AUGAAAGUAUUAAACAGCAUCAGUCUGGGAUUUAUCAUCUCUGCUGCAGUCAUAUUGGGACACUGUGUGUCACAGACCAUUUCAGCCUCCUCGGCCCAGCCUGCUGAGAGCCUGCAAGACAAUUUCAUAGAGUUUCACUCAGCUCCUGACAGCGUGGUGGAUGGCGCCGUGGUCCAUGUGCACUAUCAGUGCUCCAGGCCAUGUCAGCUCGCAGUGGAGGUGGUGGUUUCCACAUUAAAGAAGACGGAUAUCGCUGUUUUCAGGAGGAAAUGGAUCAGCAGCACACCCGGGGUCUCCGGGAUCCAUCGGGUGCUGCUCAGAUUGCCUCCGUCCAUUUUAUAUCAGCAAGACUUUUUCAACAGGCGAGUUUUAGACGCACAGAGAGCGUCUCUCCGUGCUUGGUUAGAUCCCCUUCCUGUUGGCAGUGAACCCAGCACGUACGAAAGCUCCAUCUUUAAAGUUUCCAGAGUGCUGCAGACGCCGCCGCUCUCACAGCGUCCACAUAAACGUCCCACUGUGUGCCCUUCAUGGUCCGCUCACCUGAUGUGGCAGAUUAACAGAAACAGAACUCAUCAGUGUUCACACGAGUCAGAUGUCAUCGAUCUGCUACCGUUCCCCUUGGCGAGUAGCGGUGAAUACUUUGGAGUGAUCCGCAGGCUCCAGCCUUUCAAGGACAGAUCCCUGGAGAGAGCCCGGCGUCAAGCUGUGACAAAGCCCAGAGUCACCUUUUCCGUGUGGAUCUACCUGCAGAAAUGGUGUGACAUGAAUUUCUGUGGGAUCAUCCAUCACAUGGGUGGAAAGAACGUCUUCAGUACCGUGCUGAUGCUGCUAACAGACACAGGGGACGUCGUAAUUCAGGUCCGUCUGACAAGCGGAGAAGAUGACGCUUUCCGGGCUGGUUUAACGCUGCCGCUGUGGAAGUGGAUUAGAUUAGACUGUUACAUACAGGACUCCAAGGUGCUGCUGGAUUUGACAUGGGAUAAUACGAGCCAAAGAAUAACAUACCAACACAGGAACAACAUCCAUUUUGACGACACUGAAGGAUACUUUGUCCUGGGGGGAGGCCGGUUCAUGCAGGGCAUCCGUGGUUAUUUAUGGGCUGCCAAACUUUAUCGUUUUGGAACUGAAAAGGUGGAAAAUCAACUUCUACCAAACUCAACUUUGGAGGAACUGGAUCGGACCCACCAUGUGUGUCUGGAAAUGGAAGAGUUUACUAAAGCUUUCCUCCAAGAGGUGACGAGAGGUUACCCUGAGCAGCAGAUCAGAAGACGUAAAGUACAGUUUUGUACCACUCCCUACAGCAGUCCAUGGAGACAGACUGGACAGAAAACAUGCAGACAAACAUGGAGUAUGGAGACACAACGUCAGCACAAGAAACUCCUUCACUUCUUUCUGUCAAAACAGGAGGAAAUCCAAACAGGCUCUUUGGGCAUGAAGAACCUUGGGAGUGCUUUAUUUCAGCAUGCUGUUCAUACGACAUUCACCAUGAAUCAGGAAAGUGAUGAAAUGACCUUUGAUUCAACGCCUUUACUUCAAGAAUCUUCCUGCUUAGGGCAUCACAAAGCUUCUCUCCUGUUGGCCACGAUCCACCUCUCAGGUCUGGGACACUCAGUCGAUCAACAAAAGGGUCAUGUCUAUAGUUUGAUUGGUGCAGCUGCUGAUAAUCGUUUUGCACUGAUGCAUGCUGGGUACAAGCACUCACAAGGACUUGAUGGGUUCCCAAAAGACUUGGAUUAUGCAUACAGCUACUAUUCUAAUAUAGGGAUCCAGAGCACCUCUGACCUUAUCAAGAUAUAUGAAAACAAGCAACACGCAAUGGAACACAUCUACCUAAACAAUAAAGAGGAUUUAGACAGACACAACCAAGACAAAACUGACAUCUUUGAGUACAUAAAGUUUCAAGCAGAGAGGGGAGAUGCAGGAUCUCAGAGACAGCUUGCAGUGAUGCUUUACCAAGGAGGCAACGGAGCUUCAAAAGACACAGAGAGCGCCGUGAAAUGGUUUGAGAGGAGUGCCAUGCAGAUGAAGGAUCCUGCAGCCAUGUACGACUACUCCAUCAUACUGAUGAAGGGCGACGGAACAAAAAAGAACGACACCCAAGGUUUCCGCCUGAUGCAGAAAGCUGCAGAGAUGGGCUCAAUUAAUGCUUUGAACGGUCUGGGCUGGUACUAUGGGAACGUCCUGUACGACCACAGAAAUGCAGUCAAAUACUACGAGCAGGCAGCGCUUAAUGGAAGUGAAGACGCCAUCUUCAACCUGGGACUUUAUCAUCUCAGUGGAUUGGACCCAGACAACCCUGUCAGGAAUGAGACGGCUGCGUUCUAUCAGUUCCUGCAGGCGUCCUGGUACGGACACAUAGCUGGAUCAGUGGAGGCGGCGUGGUACUUUUCAACAGGACACCUGGAAGGAGUGUCGCGGGAUGUGGAGCAGGCUGUGAUGAUGCUAAAAAAGGUGUGCGAUCAGAACGGACACCUUGGAUUUAUAGUCAAAGAGGCGCUCCAGGCCUAUCUGCAGGGCUCUCGACGGGAGGCCUUUGUCAAGUACGCUUUAGCAGCGGAAACCGGUCUGGGUUUGGCUCAGAGUAAUGCCGCUCAUCUGUGUGAGGAGCUCAAUCUCAGGCCUGAUUGUCAGUGGAGAUAUCAUAACUACUCUGUUUUAAACUAUGAUCCCCAUCCAAGCGCUCUGCUGAAAAUGGGUGACUACUACUACCCUCCCUCCAGCACGCGGGCCGACUCAUUAUCCUUGGUUGGUCGGGCGGUAUCGAUGUACGGCAGAGCAGCUGUAGCAGGCAGCCCUCAGGGGAUGUUCAACCUGGUCAUUCUGGCACAACAAGGACACGCUCUGCCAAGCGACGUCCACAGCUUCUUUAACGUUUCACAGCAUGAUGAGCAGCACACUGUGGUGGAGAAGAUCUUAAAAAGAUGUGUGGAGGCUGAGGGUGAAGAUGCAGUGACUCCGUGUUCGUUAGCUCUGCUCAGAGUCCAGAUGGGAAAAGCCCUGAGCAGAAUGACUCAGAGUUCUGCACAGCUCGUCUUGGUGUAUGCAUCUCUCCUCUCUGCCUUUGUCAUCAUUGUUAUUUUGCCUCUGCAGAGCUGUCUCAGUAAAAGGACUCCCAGUCAAGAAAGGACAGCAAGGACAUCAUCUGUAACCCAAGAUGAAGUCACUACUACCAGAGAGCAGAGCAGUGCUGUUGGAGGCACCUCCAGAGCAUCAGGGAUCCUCAGGUUUAUCCUCCUGAAAGGCGAGCAGUGGCUCCAGCAGACGGGAGAUUUUGCGGUGACUGUGUCGGGCGUGUGCCUCUGUGCAUUCUGGACCGCAGUCCUUUACCACCUGUUAUGACAUGAAACUGCACAAUGAUCCCACAAAGCCGCUGCAAGAGUGGACAUUUAGCAGGAUGAGUUAGGGCUCUGGUCACGUUUGUGUUUCAGGCUCCUGACUCAUUUUA